AUGCUAGCGCUAAAGAGGUGUGUAGCGAUUUAUCCCCCCAUGCUAGACUUGUUUGCCAACAUAGAUAAACAGUUUCUGGACAAGCACAGAGUCGAAAUAAAUGCGAUAGUAAGCUAUUGCGAGGAGAAACACCACGGGAUACAGGAGUAUGUUGCUGACACAAUGCAGAACAGCCCGGAUGAUUUUACCUUCCGUGCAGGCGGAGCCACGUUCAACACGCAGAAGAUCCUCUCUGAGUGGAUGGAGUGCUACUUUUUUGGCAUUGUAGGGCACGACUCGUACGGGUCGAUUAUAGAGGAGAAAAUGAAAGGAACGCGUGUCAAGAUAUACCUGGACAAAAGCAGCGUUUUCUCAACGCCCUGGGCGUACGUUUUUAUCACGGAAGAUCAGAGAACAAUUGUCGCAAAACAGGAUAAAAACGUGCGCUAUUCAGAGACAGCUAAGCAGCGCAUACACGCUUUGAUAGACAGCCAGACAGUGUUCUACUUUGUGUCUUUCAUGUUCUUCCUUGAGAACAUAGUAGAAGAGUGCAUGGCGAUGUACAAAAACAAGAACAGCCUGGGAUUCUGCAGCAUUGUCAAUCUGUCAUCAGAGGAGAUCGUUAGCACUUUCAAAGAAAAAAUAAUGGAGAUUAUAAGGGUAUCUGACUUUGUGAUAGGAAACAAAGCAGAGUACUAUGCGCUAUCGGGCACACAGGACGAAGAGUCUCUUCUUUCGUGGAUAGACUCCUUGGACAUCGCGUAUGCCAUCACAGAUGGCCCAGGGGAAGUGAUUGGAAGAAUACCGGGCGGGCCUUUGAGAAGAGUGACCCCUGCAUGUGUUCCAGGAAACUGCAACACAAACGGCGCAGGAGAUUCGUUUGCAGCAGGAUUUAUCGGGAGCUUGAGCGGAAAAGCGCACAAGGAAGUACGCGACAUACUCCCCUUACUGGAGAAGGGAAUAGAGGCUUCCUACAUUCACAUAAAGAGCUUGGAGAAAUCCUAG